AUGGAGAUGUCUCCAGCGGCUGUUUACGACAAGUGGUUCGUGUUUGCAGACAAAGACAAUGACGGCCGUCUGAGCGGUCCUGAUGCCGUGCAAUUUUUCGAGCGGUCGGGCCUUCCACGCGACAUUUUGGCAAAGGUGUGGGCACUGGCGGACCGACGGAAAGAUGGCUACCUCAACUGCCAGGCGUUUCACAAGGCCAUGCAGCUCAUAUCCAUGGCACAGAAAGGCAUAGAGCUGAGCCAUGGUAACCAUGAGCGGGAAUUGAGCAACGGAAUCCCAAUGCCCCAGCUUGAUGGCAUGGCAGAAGUGACAGCCAGCAUUUCAGCACAGCCUGCAAAGUCAGUGUCAAGCUAUGAGCCCGCUCAGUACCAAGGAACUCCUGAAAAAUCGAGCCGAAAGAAGCAGCAGCCCCACAUAUCAACAAACACACUGACAUCUGUCGUUGAUGGGCUGAAGAAGAUCUAUUUUGAGAAGAUACGCCCUCUUGAAGAUGUGUACAAGUUCGGACAUUUCUAUUCCCCACUGCUGAACGCCAGCGAUUUUGAAGCAAAGCCAUCUGUGCUGCUCCUGGGGCAGUACUCAACAGGUAAGACCACAUUCAUCAAGCACCUCUUGGAGAGAGAUUACCCUGGUUGCCACAUCGGGCCUGAGCCCACGACAGACAGAUUCGUGGUGGUCAUGUCUGGGCAUGAGGAAAGGAGAACGCCAGGGAACACAAUCGUGGUGCAGCCUGACAAGCCAUAUCAGGGCUUGAGCAUUUUCGGCCAUGGGUUUCUUUCACGGUUCGAGUCGGCGGAAUGUUCGGCACGUUUAUUAGAUGAGAUCACACUGGUCGACACACCUGGUGUCUUGUCUGGAGAGAAACAGCGGAUCGAAAGGAGUUAUGACUUCAUUGGGGUCUGCGGAUGGUUUGCAUCCAGAUGCGAUUUGAUACUGCUCUUGUUCGAUCCCUACAAGUUGGAUAUCAGCGAUGAGUUCAAGCAGGUCAUCUCGAGUCUCAAGGGCCAUGAUGACAAGGUCCGUGUUGUCCUCAAUAAGGCAGAUCAAGUGGGCCAGCAGCAACUGAUGCGAGUGUACGGUGCACUGAUGUGGUCCCUUGGGAAGGUCUUCAAGUCGCCUGAAGUCUGCCGUGUCUACAUCGGCUCGUUCAAUGCGGGUCGAUCCAUCAAUGAGGAGAACAACCCACAUGGGGUGGAAUUGUUCCGAAAGGAACAGGAGGAUUUGCUGCACGAUCUGCUCGAAAUUCCACAGCGAAGCUGUGAUCGCAAGGUCAACGAAUUCGUGAAACGCGUGAGAGCAGCCAAGAUCCAUAUUUUGCUGAUGGGCCACCUUCGUAAACAGCUCCCUAAUGUGUUUGGCAAAGGCAGAGCGCAGGACAAGGUCCUUGCACACCUCCCAGAGCACUUCAACGCAGUUCGCAUGGAGCACCACUUGCCCGCAGGAGAUUUCCCAGACGUCAAUCGCUUUCGCGAAAUCUUGCAGACGUUUGACUUGGCGAGCUUCCCCAAGUUGGAUAAAAAAAUGAUCAAAACUGUUGAAGACGCCCUAGCCAUUGACAUACCAGACCUCAUCAAAAUGUUCCACAACCCGUAUGAAUGA